CUCUCUUGCCUGAAAACAAAAAAACCGAAGCAGACAAACACAACAGAGCGCCGCCGCUCACUUUAUACUCCGACUCUACAGACGAGGGGGAAGAAAAAAAAAACAAUCAGCAAAAGAUGAGUUCAUAUUUCGUCAACUCACUCUUCUCCAAAUAUAAAAGCGGCGACUCGUUACGCCCAAAUUAUUAUGAGUGUGGCUUCGCGCAGGACCUCGCCGGAAGCCGGCCCACUGUGGUGUACGGUCCGGGCUCCGGUGCCACUUUCCAGCACGCUCCUCAGAUCCAGGACUUCUAUCACCAUAGCGCCUCAACACUGCCCAGCAAUCCGUACCAGCAGAGUCCUUGUGCGGUGACGUGCCACGGCGAGUCCGGCAACUUCUAUGGAUAUGACGCCCUGCAAAGGCAGACGCUCUUCGGGGCUCAAGACGCAGAUUUGGUCCAAUACAGCGACUGUAAGCUGGGAGGCGCACCCGGACUCGGCAGCGAGGACGCGGAGGGAACCGACCAGAGCCCUUCACCGACGCAGCUCUUUCCCUGGAUGAGGCCGCAAGUAGCUGCCGGAAGGAGGCGAGGCCGACAGACGUACAGCCGGUACCAGACUCUGGAACUGGAGAAGGAGUUCCUGUUCAACCCGUACCUGACCCGAAAGCGCCGCAUCGAGGUGUCGCACGCGCUGGCGUUGACGGAGCGGCAAGUCAAGAUCUGGUUCCAGAACCGCAGAAUGAAAUGGAAAAAGGAGAAUAACAAGGACAAGUUCCCCAGCAGCAAAAGCGAACAGGAGGCGGUGGAGAGAGAGAGGAGGGAGAAGGAGCUACGGGAUGGCGGAGCAGUCGCUGCGGGAGGUGGAGGAGGCGCCGAGGGCGGAGGAGGAGGCGGCGGCGGUGCUUCGGUGCCGGUAGCGGGAACAGCUGGAUUACAGCCCGCUUUGGGCGAUGAUUGCUGUGAGAAAAAUCAUAAGCAAAUGUAGGGGGGUAGGGGGAUAGUUUGAUUUGGCAUAAUGGGGCGAGUUGGUGGUGGUCUGAAUUGCGGAUUUGGCUGUCCUGCUCUCUAUCCAUGUUUCAAUCGAUGGGACCGAACUUUAGUUUCCAAAACGGCGACUGGCUAUCUGAUAGGACUGGAAGGGGCCCCCACGGUGCCCAGUUCUGCUGACCGUAAGGAAUGAAAAAAAAGAAAAGGAAAAAAAAUAUGUGCAAAAGUACUUAAUAAGGGCGGGAUUAAUCAAUCCAACAUAGUCUACUUUAGUGAAGAAGAAGAAGAAAAAAAGAAUGAUACAACAAUGAUAGCGUCCUUUCUUUGUUGAACACUUGUCGUGGAAACAUUUCUAUAUUGUUCCAAGUUUGUCAUUAACAAUUUUAUCUUUGGCAGCUGUAUAGUUUUUAAGUUAAGAUGAUGAUGAUGAUGGUGCACUUUUUACUGUACUUCUCACUCCUAUGUUGUUGUUGUUAUGGCAAUUGUUAUUAAUGAUGAAGUUGAUGGCGUAGCAAUUAAUGAAAUGUCCAACAACAUGAAACUGCCUAUUUAUGCCGUUUUAGUAGGUCGGGUCUCUUUUUUAAAACACUUUAAUUGCCGUUUAUCGUUUUAGUUGUUUGUUUUUUUUUGAUUGAUGGUGUUUGUUUAUGCUGUCUUCCUUUUUCUCUUUUGGGAUUAAAAGCAUGCGCACAGUGCGGUUAAUAAAAAGAAAACACUGAUAAAUAAAAAGGAUUUUAAAAUGUA